CUGUACUGUUCAUUUUUCAGGAAGGUAAACACAGCGACUCUCUUAUAACACAAUGGCACAAUUUCUUUACAUUGCUAUAGAUUUUGGAACUUCAUACAGCGGAUAUGCCUUCAGCUUUAAGACUGAUAAACGUAUAGAACAAAUUAGGAUUCCUUCCUGGGGUGUCGAGCAAGGUCUAAAAACCUUCAAAACCCCCACCUGCAUUUUGUUUGAUGAAGAACAGAACUUCCAGAAGUUUGGUUAUGAUGCCAUGAAAACAUACACCAUGUUGAUGAAAAAAGAAAAAGCAAAGAAACACUAUCUAUUUGAACACUUCAAAAUGGAGCUCUACAAUAAAGAAAUCCACAGAGAUUUGAUGAUCACAGAAUCAAAUGGAAAAUCAAUGAAGGCUAUAAAGGUUUUCUCUGAGAGUCUGCGAUACCUGAAGGAUCAUGCACUGGACAAAGUUGGACAAAGCACUGAAGGACGAAUGUUCACUGCAUCUGAUGUGACGUGGGUGUUAACAGUUCCUGCUAUCUGGCAUGCGGCAGCAAAACAAUUCAUGAGAGAAGCAGCUGUUGAGGCAGGUCUUGUGACGGAUUCUACACAUGAAAGACUCAUCUUUGCUCUGGAACCAGAGGCUGCGUCUGUGUUCUGUAAGCAGCUACCAAGUGAUGGUUUCAUAGCAGAAGGAGAGGAUUGUGAAGACAAAUUGGAGCAGCAACCAGGAAGCCAGUACAUGGUUGUAGAUUGUGGAGGUGGUACUAUUGACAUAACGGUCCAUGAGGUGCUGGGUGACGGUAAACUGAAAGAGCUGCAUGCUGCAUCAGGAAAUGACAUGGGUGGACAGUCAGUAGACAAGAAUAUUAUGUCUUUUCUGAAAGACAUUUUCUCAGAGGACAUUUUUGAGAAAUUUAAGAAAGAAUACCCAAGUGCAGCACUUAAACUGAAGUAUGACAUUGCACUUAUAAAAUCUUGUGAGGAUGUUGUGAGGAUUUCAUGUCCUAGCAGCUUACAAACACUCGCUAAAGGUAAACAGAGCAUGGAAAGUUAUUUUGAGGAUGUUCAGGGAGUAAUGUGGGAUGAUGGUGGAAUAUUCCUUGAACAAGAAAAGCUAAAAAGCUUCUUUGAUACGAGCUUGAGUACUAUAGAAAGCUCAAUUAAUCAGAUCCUUAAAAACACAGAGCUGAGGAUUGAGUACAUGUUGAUAGUGGGAGGCUACGCUGAAUGUGCUUUUCUGAGGAAAUUCAUGAAGAAGCGAUUCGGCAGCGUAUGCAAAAUACUUUGCCCUGUUGAACCUCAGGCAGUAAUUUUAAAGGGAGCAAUCCUGUAUGGAAAAACACCGUCCGUGGUUAAAUCUCGUAUUAGUGCUCUCACAUAUGGGUUUCGUUUAUGUAGAUUGUUUGAUGAAACCAAACACAAGGACAAAAGCAAAUAUAGAAACACAGAAGGAAAAGUGUACUGCAAUGUCUGCUUUGACCAGCUUGUCCGCAGUGGGGAGUCAGUUGAAUGUGAUGAAGUCCGUUCUUUCAUAAGAUUCCCAUCAGAUCCACUACAGACAAAGCUACAAUUUACAUUUUACAGCUCUGAAAAACAAGAAGUAAAGUUUACAGAUGAGCCGCUCGUAUUCGAGAUUGGUUCUGUAUCAGUUGACAUGCCUAACACUGACAGAGGCACAGAUCGACCGGUCAGGUUGGAAAUAAAAUUUGGCUCCACUGAAAUGCAGGCAACUGCUACUGAUUUAGGAUCAGGUGCAACAAGAACAACCGAACUGGACUUUUUGAGUGAACAAAUCCAUACCCAUAAUAAACUACGUGACUGAAUACAGUAAAUAAUAAAAUCAACAAACAAAACAAAACUGAAAAAAAUUAGUCUGAGGCAAAAUACAUACAAUUGUUGCAAGACAUUGUAAGUAAAACGUAAAAUGUAAAACGUGAAACGUGAGUAAAAAAAUCCUAGUAACAAAUUAAAUCCAUUAUCUGAUUUGUACCUUUCUAUUUCUCACAUAAUACCUAACAAGAUUGGUGUUUCAACUGAUUUAUUUUAAUUAUAUUCUGCAGCAAAACAAUGUAUGACAUCACAGAGAAUUAUUAAUCUAGGUUAAUGGGGAUUAUACAGGUGUGACAAUCAAUUGUUGUUAAUCACAUGAAUGUUUACUGAUGAGUGAAUGAUGUUUAGGGCAUUUAAGCACAUGUACACUUGAUAAAGAUCAUUAGUUAAACAAAUUACAUUUUGUCCAAUUUUUAACAAAUACUUUUUGCCUUAAUUUUGUACUAUGGAUGUUUUCUUGUUCAUGUAAAAGUUUCCAUUUUCAGUCACAAUAAAAAAAAAUCUGUUAGAUUAAAAGUG